AUGUCUCUUGUACAACAAUUACCACCGUCGGCCAAAUCGAAUGUUUCAAGAUUACCGUUAAUGUCGACCAAAUCGAAUUCUACGAGAGUGUCGUUACCGUCGGCCGACAAUUCGUUCAAAAUCUCCAAAUCACCAUCGACCAAUAGUCUCAAACAAACACCGUCGUCAGCUAAUAGUCUUAAAGAAAAAACUUCGUCAACCAUACGACUCACAAAGUCGUGCGGCAGUUUGUUUAAAAAUUCAUUCGGUUGUUCUUAUACCGCAGCUUGUACUAAGUACAAAACACGCCCAGCACAGGGUGUGCGAAUAAACUCUGGAGCCAAUUCCAUUGAAGUGUGGGGCGACCGUUUGAGAUGUCCAGAUUGGCAAGCCGCGAUGGAGACGCUAAGCGCUGAUAUCGAUACUCACCACGUGUGCAUAAAAAAUCGACGAAAUCAAGACAACAAUUCGCUGAAAAAUUAUGAAACGUUAUCCAGCGUCUUGAAAGCACCUAAGUGAGUUGUUACUCAAUCGGGACGUAGUUUUACAUAAAUCCGUAAAGAUAGUUAAUACUAAGUGAAUCAUAGACAUACCUAUUUCACUUUAAAAAGUAUAAUAAAGUUAAACUAGUUAGUGGAACUUCUCUGUUUAACUUUUUUAUUCAGUAUACAGAAAACAAGCAAGCUAAGCAUUUUUUAAGCGCACACUUGACAUCUCUGUGACGUAACAUCAAUUUCCAAACUCCUCGAAAAAAUAAACAAGUGUCGAACGCUAGUAAAAUAACCGGUCAUUGUUGUUUUUCAGGACCGUAGUGGCAUCAUGCACGUUGUUCGUGGUCCACCUGAUAGCGAAUUCCGUGUACGACGUACUAGUCAACUCGCACGUGCUAGUCUGCCUGGAACUGCAGAAUAUCCUGUUUGACGAUCAGGCGCUUGAAAUACUUUUUUCUGGCAUUAAAGCCAGCCAUACGCUACAGCACCUUUCACUGUCCCACUGCCGGAUCGGAGACGCGGCGUGCCUCAACUUGUGCCGGGUGCUCCGGGACAAACCCAACAUCCGGUCUAUAGACCUGUCGGGGUGUUCUCUGAGUUCAGUGGCCACCACGAACGGACUGGUGGAAAUUGUCAAAAAGCAACAGGUCAGACGGAACGAGGAAUGCUGGACGCACUCGCUCCGGUACAGAUCCGCCAACCCGGACAUCAUGCACGGGUUACGGAGGCUAACGCUGAACGACAACACCGGGCUUGGGGACGACGGCGUGAUCGACCUGUUCGAAGUGCUCAAAGACGAUCUGUUCAUCAAGGCGAUAGAUCUGCAAAACUGUGGACUAACGGACCGCAGCGGCCGGGUGGCACUAUCGAUGUUAUUGAUCAACGACACGCUGGUCUUGUUGGACGUCCGGAACAACGACGUCAUAUCGGCUGCGGUACUGGAAUUUAUCAUGGCCCGGUUGCAUCAGAACAACGUGAGCAAUUCCGAGACGGAAGAAUGGAAAUGGACAAAACUCUGGCGGGAAAAUAUGCAGGUCGAAUCGUCCAGCGUACUUAGUGUUAUAUCCAGAAAAAGUUCGAAAACAAACACUCCAAUAGAAUAA